AUGUCAAAUGUGGAUAGUGGGAACACUAACAGUAUUCUUGCGGGGCUGCAAGGAGGGGAGGAUGAUGUUGGGGGUGGUAGUAUGGAUGUUAUCGAGGAGGAUGAGGUGGUUGUUGAUGAGGGUGGGCUGUGUGAUGAGAUUCCUGAUUAUGGGGUAAAUACUGUAGUGUUGGAGUCUCUAACCGGGCGGGAUGUUGAGGUUACUCAAGCUGGUCAGGUCGGAGUGGUUAAUUCUGAUGAAGAAGAUAUGGGGUAUGAGAGUCAUGAAACAUUAGAGGAUCAGAAUGAUGGGGAGAAUGAUCAUGGUGGUGUGAUUGUCAAUAAGGAUGAUCAGGAGAAUGCAGAAGAGAAGGAAACGGUGGAUGAGGAGCUUGAAAAGGAGGAGGAAGUGAAGGAUGUGGCAGAGAAGGAGGAGGAUGUUGAGAGUUAUGAGGAGACACAGGAGAAUGGAGAAUCAAAUGUAGAAACAUUACCGUUAGAUCAACAACAACAAGAUCAUGAUGAUGAUGUAAAAGAACCGGAAGAGAUGGAAUAUGACUCGCAGCAGAACGAUCAACCGAAGGAAAAUGAGUUGGAGUCGGUUACCAAGGCAGCAGAAGAAAAUGAGUUGGAAUCUGCUACCAUGGCAAAGGAAGAAAACGAGUUGGAAUCGGUUGCCAAGGCAGCAGCAGAAAAUGAGUUGGAAUCGGCUACCAUGACAACUGAAGAAAACGAGUUGGAAUCGGUUGUCAAGGCAGCCGAAGAAAAUGAGUUGGAAUCGGCUACCAUGACAACUGAAGAAAACGAGUUGGAAUCGGUUGCCAAGGCAGCAGAAGAAAAUAAGUUGGAAUCUGCUACCAUGGCAACGGUUGAAAAUGAGUUGGAAUCGGUUACUAAGGCAGCAGAAGACAAUGAAUUGAAAUCGGCUACCAUGACAACAGAAGGAAACGAGUUGGAAUCGGUUGGCAAGGCAGCAAAAGAAAAUGAGUUGGAAUCGGCAGCCAUAACAACGGAACAAAAUGAGUCAGAAUCAAUUUCUAAAGCAACGGAAGAGAAUGAGUUGGAAUCGGUAAUUAUAGAAACAGAAGAGAAUGAAUUAAAGUCGAUAACCAUAGAAAGAGGAAGAAAAGAGUCCAAUUCGGAAGAGCGAGCUGUGUUAGCAGCACUAGCUGACUCCGUGAGAGGAACAGAAGACAGCAGUACUGAGGAGUGGGACUCGGACUCCGGGGAAUCCCAGUCAGAGGAGAAAUCGAAGUCCGUCGAGGACUCUGAUUCGGACGACAAUGCAUUUGUGAGAGUUGGUAAUAAUAGUGAUAUUGCAACAGAAAAAUUAGAAUGUGAUCUGGAGAAUGUAGAGGUACAAUCACCGAACAACUUCACUGGUGAUGAAAAUGAUGACGUACCUAUUCAUAUUGAUUGGAAUGAUUGA